GCGGGCAGCCUGGGAGAGGCUGGAGAGGCUGGGGCUUGACGUGGGCGCAGAGGGAGGGUCCUCGCCUUCUCCCCCGCCCCAUUUCCGGAGCCAGCCAGCGCUGGAGCUUUGUAAAGAUGCUGGCGUUGGGCCGCUUGGUGGUGAUGACAUCAUCGUCACACAGGAGCUGGGCUGCCGGGGGCUUUAAGAGGGGAAGAUCUAUUCGGACCACCCCUGCGCUCACGCUUACACUAGCGCGCUCCGGGCAGAGCCGUGCGCGCCGGCUCUUCUGCGCGCACACCUAGGCGCGCUCCAGCCGUACUCGCGCACACACUGCCUUGGCGCUCGCCCCCAGGGCCCCGGCUCCGGCCGCGAGCCGCAGCUCUCUGCCAUCUCUACUACGGAUGCCAGCGGCUGCUGCCAUCUGCAGUGCAGCAGCCCCGGCCACCGGCCGGCCCGCCCCGGGCCCCCGGCUGGAGGAACCGCGCCAGGACGCUGGCCCUGCUCGCGGCUAGCCUGCACGCCAGGGCGCAGCGAGGAUGGGAGGGUCGCAGUCCCUGCAGCUAGCCCCAGCCAGCGACCUGAACCAGGAGGUUUCCGAGGCCAUGAGUUCUGACUCUGAAGAAGCAUUUGAGACCCCGGAGUCAACGACCCCUGUCAAAGCUCCACCAGCCCCACCUCCGCCACCCCCUGAAGUCAUCCCAGAGCCUGAGGUCAGCGCACCACCAGCCCCGGAAGAACCAGGAUGUGGCUCUGAGACGGUCACCGUCCCUGAUGGCCCACGCAGCGACUCCGUGGAAGGCAGCCCCUUCCGCCCUCCACACUCCUCCUCUGCCGUCUUCGAUGAGGACAAGCCGAUAGCCAGCAGCGGGACUUACAACUUAGACUUUGACAGCAUCGAGCUGGUGGAUAACCUCCAGAGCUUGGAGCCUCGGCCCUCGGACUGUAAGAGCCAAGAGUGCAAGGCCACCGUGCGGAGGAAGUCCACCGAGUCCGUGCCCCCUGCCAAGUCCACGCUGUCCCGCUCCCUGAGCCUGCAGGCCGGUGACUUUGAUGGUGCUUCCUGCUCAGGCAGCCCCGAGGCCGCGGCCCUCGCCCCGGACGCAGGCAGCACAGGCUCGUGCAGUGCUUCCAGUACCCUCAAGCGAACUAAAAAACCCAGGCCACCGUCCCUAAAAAAGAAGCAGAGCACCAAGAAGCCUACAGAAACCCCCCCAGUGAAGGAGACCCAGCAGGAGCCAGCGGAGGAGAGUCCGGUCCCCAACGAGGAGUAUCUGGCGUCGGAGACGAAGACGGAGCCGGCCGCGGCAGAGGGCUCAGGGUCCCCCUCGUCGGAAGAGACGCCCCCGGAGCCUGCCGCUGCACCCAAAGCCGCCUGUCCUCUGGACCCAGAGUGUGCCGAGGGCGCCAGCCCCUUGGCUUCUGGAGGUGGCAGGGUGCAGAACUCACCUCCUGUUGGGAGGAAAACGUUGCCUCUUACCACGGCCCCCGAGGCCGCGGAGGAGACCCCGUUGGAUAGUGGGGGGCAAGAGGACUCCCCGGCCAGAGGGCUGUCAGUGAGGCUGGAGUUUGACUAUUCUGAGGACAAGGGUGGUUGGGACAACCAGCAGGAAAACCCCCCUCCUACCAAAAAGAUAGGCAAAAAGCCAGUUGCCAAAAUGCCCCUAAGGAGGCCAAAGAUGAAAAAGACACCCGAGAAACUCGACAACACUCCUGCCUCACCUCCCAGGUCCCCCGCUGAGCCCAAUGACAUCCCUGUGGCUAAAGGUACCUACACCUUUGAUAUUGACAAGUGGGAUGACCCCAAUUUUAACCCCUUUUCUUCCACCUCAAAAAUGCAGGAGUCUCCCAAACUGCCCCAACAGUCAUAUAACUUUGACCCAGACGCCUGUGACGAGUCCAUUGAUCCCUUUAAGACCUCCUCUAAGACCCCCAGCUCACCUUCUAAAUCCCCAGCCUCCUUUGAGAUCCCAGCCAGUGCCAUCGAAGCCAAUGGAAUGGAUGGGGACGGGCUGAACAAGCCCGCCAAGAAGAAGAAGACGCCCCUAAAGACUGACACAUUUAGGGUGAAAAAGUCGCCAAAACGAUGUCCUCUCUCUGAUCCACCCUCUCAGGACCCUACUCCAGCUGCGACACCAGAGACACCACCAGUGAUCUCCGCGGUGGUCCACGCAACAGAUGAGGAGAAGCUGGCGGUCACCAAUCAGAAGUGGACAUGCAUGACGGUGGACUUGGAGGCUGACAAACAGGACUUCCCACAACCCUCGGACCUGUCUACCUUUGUAAACGAGACCAAAUUCAAUUCGCCCACAGAGGAGUUGGGUUACAGAAACUCCUAUGAAAUCGAAUAUAUGGAAAAACUUGGCUCCUCCUUACCCCAGGACGAUGACACCCCGAAGAAGCAAUCCUUGUACCUUAUGUUCGACACGUCUCAGGAGAGCCCCGUUAAGUCUCCGACCCGGAUGUCCGAGUCCCCGACGCCUUGUUCAGGGUCAAGUUUUGAAGAGACAGAAGCCCUUGUUAAUGCUGCAGCAAAAAUCCAGCGUCCUGUCUCACGAGGGCUAGCCUCCAGCCAAGAGCCACACUUACAGGUGCCAGAGAAGUCCUCUCAGCCAGAACUGGAGGCCAUGGCCCUGGGCACCUCCUCAGAGGCGAUUGAAAUCACAGCUCCUGAGGCUGCCUUUGCCUCUGCUGACGCCCUUCUCAGCAGGCUGGCCCACCCCGCCUCUCUCUGUGGUGCACUUGACUAUCUGGAACCCGACUUAGCAGAAAAGAACCCCCCAGUAUUUGCUCAGAAACUUCAGAGAGAAGCUGCUCACCCACCAGAUGUCUCCAUCUCCAAAACAGCCUUGUAUUCCCGCAUCGGGACUGCUGAGGUGGAGAAGCCGGCGGGCCUUCUGUUCCAGCAGCCAGACCUGGACUCUGCGCUCCAGGUGGCCAGAGCAGAGGUCCUAACCAAGGAGAGAGAGGUCUCGGAGUGGAAAGAGAAAUAUGAAGAAAGCAGACGGGAGGUGAUGGAGAUGAGGAAGAUCGUGGCCGAGUACGAAAAGACCAUCGCACAGAUGAUAGAGGAUGAACAGAGGGAGAAGUCAGUCUCGCACCAAACAGUGCAGCAGCUGGUCCUGGAGAAGGAGCAAGCCCUGGCCGACCUGAACUCCGUGGAGAAGUCUCUGGCCGACCUUUUCAGGAGAUACGAGAAGAUGAAGGAGGUCCUGGAAGGUUUCCGCAAGAAUGAAGAGGUGCUAAAGAAGUGUGCACAGGAGUACCUGUCCCGCGUGAAGAAGGAGGAGCAGAGGUACCAGGCCCUGAAGGUGCACGCGGAGGAGAAGCUGGACAGGGCCAAUGCUGAGAUCGCCCAGGUUCGAGGCAAGGCCCAGCAGGAGCAGGCCGCCUACCAGGCCAGCUUGCGGAAGGAGCAGCUGCGAGUGGACGCCCUGGAAAGAACGCUGGAGCAGAAGAAUAAAGAGAUAGAAGAACUCACCAAGAUCUGUGAUGAACUGAUUGCCAAAAUGGGGAAAAGCUAACUUUGAACCAAAUGCUGGAACUUGACCGUCACGUGCAAUAUGGCCGUGGGCGCACUGCCGUCCUUCCACCCACACGGACAGGCUCUGUUUUCACUUUUCGUAUGCACUACUGUAUUUCCUUUCUGAAUAAAGUUGAUUUGAUUGUAUGCAGUGCUAAGGAGACUAUCAGGAUUUCUUGCUAUUGGUUUGCAUUUUCCUAGUAUAAUUCAUAGCAAGUUGACCUCAGAGUUCCUGUAUCAGGGAGAUUGUCUGAUUCUCUAAUAAACACAUUGCUGACCUUGGUCUUGCCCUUUGUACACAAAUUCCCAGGUGAGCAGGUUUGAUUUAAUAUGAACAUGUACAGCGUGCAUUGGGACUCUUGCCUUAAGGAGUGUAAACUUGAUCUGCACUUGCUGAUUUGUUUAAAAAAAAAAAAUGCAUGUUUCAAAUAAAAUUCUCUAUUGUAAAUAAAUUUUUUUCUUUGGAUCUUGGCAA